AUGAAGGAAGUUUCACUAAUAGUACUCUACCUUCUCACAACGAGUACUCUCAUAGCCACAUCCCAACACUUAACACUACCAUUCAAGAAGUCGCGGGUGAUUGUAACGAACGACAUUCCCAUCUUCAACGAAACAACCUCGAUCGAAUGUUACUCCUCAAACAACAACCUCGAAGUCCACAAUCUUAGCUAUCUCGAAUCCUACGAAUGGAGUUUCAAGACAUCGUUGUUCAACACCAAAUUCUAUUGCUCCUUCCGUACGCCGUGCGGUGAGGGGACAUACGGAGUUUUCACGAAACGUCUCAAUGACGUAUACUGUAACUAUUUAUGUAAUUGGUCGAUACAGCCGAACGGGGUGAGCCUUGAGAAUCGCCGAUACAGGGGUCUCAGUGACUACUGGCAGGAUUGGAAAAUUUGGAAAGAUUGUAACCCUUAG